UCCGUCCUCCCUCCCCGCGCGUCACGGGUCAACUCUCUGAAUGGACCACUCGAGUCCCUUUGGGUCACCCAUGUCUCCGGCCUGCGCGUAAAGGAGAUGCGGCGCUCGGCCGUGCGUCCCGGCGGCGGUCGGUUCCCCUGGAGAAUGCGCGGCGUCAGCCCCGCUGCUGGGGGCGCGCUGCCGUGCGGCAGGAGUGGCGUCUCGGCGACGGAAUCCGGACGAAAGCGCGUCCUGUAGAGCUCGAGGCAUGAGAUCAUUGGCGUUAUAAAUAUCCCCCCCCGUGCCAGCAGGAGAACUGCACUCCUGCAGCCGCCGCAGCCGCGGUAGAAUGCCCUGCACGGGCACUGCUGCUGCCGCCGCCGCCGCUGCACGCGUGUGUGCGCACGGCCGCCGGUGCGCGGGCCACCUCGGGAGGAGCGACGCCAACAUGCGCCAAGUGGCCUCAUAGCGAGCGAGCGAGCGAGCGUCUCCUCCUCUGGAAGAAUGAACGUUCCUCUUUGCCUUUUGACCUUCGCUCACUUGAUUUGCGCCGCCGCCGCCGCAGGGGAAGAGCCGCGCGUCUCUGUGGAGCGCCAACCCCUGGACGAGGGGAUCCGCUCGGGACGCAGGACCUGCAGGCUCUACUGUCGCGUCGGCAUCGGCUUCCACCUCCAGAUUCAUCCCGACGGCAGAGUCAACGGCAGCCAUGAGCCCGACCAGCUGAGUGUCCUGGAGCUCUUCGCGGUUUCUCAGGGCGUCAUCGGCAUCAAGGGCGUCUACAGUAACAGAUUCCUGGCCAUGAAUAAAAGGGGACGGCUCCACGCCACCGAAUGGUUCACGGACGACUGUAAGUUCCGGGAGCGUUUCCAGGAGAACAGCUACAACACGUACGCCUCGGUCGUCCACAGGAACCACAGGACCGGCCGCGAGUGGUUCGUGGCCCUCAACAAGCGCGGGAAGGCCAAGAUGGGCUCCAGCCCACGGGUCAAGUCGCAGCACGUCUCCACCCACUUCCUGCCGAGGGUCCGGCUGCAGGACAAGAGCGAGCGGGGCUUCACCAUCACGGACAGGAGGAAAUCCCCGCCGCCGCCGCCCAAAGCUCCCGCGGCGAAGGCCAACGUCCGGGCGGCACCUGCACCGAGGCGUGCGCAGGUCAAGUACUGGCCCAAGUACCGGUUUGGAUAAGUGUGGCAGGGUUAGUCUCCGUAUCCGAGGUUCAUGGACGUCAGUGACGGACGUAGCCGGAAAAACGGACAACGGCCGUUCAUCACAUUCAAAACAUUCCCGUUUAAAAAAAAAAAGAAAAGAAAAGGGUCUUCCGGGUAAAACUAUGGAGCUUUUUGUUCGAUGGAGCUAUGAUCAUAGUGGAGUUGUGUUGUUUUUCCACUUGCGUUGACGACGCUCUGUCCUGUUUGGUGUUGUCAUGGUGAAACGAGGCCAUGAGUCCAUUUUUUGGGGGGGGGGGGGGGUGUAUUUUUUUCUGAACUUUAUGGGAGAGCAGGUUAGAGUCUUUCAGUGUUUUUUUAUUUCCACAAUUCCAUUUGAUAUAGACAGAACAAAUCCGAACAAAUGGCGACGUUAACAACAGACAUGUCUUUGUAUCAGAUGUCAUCAUAAUCAUCCAAUGUGCCACUUUGGCUUUUUAUAUUUAUUAGCGAGUUAACAUUAGUUCCAUCAAAGAGUGACCCUCAUCUUCAUAUUACAGUAGAGGUCAGUGGAGACGUUACAGGGGAACUUUUAUUUUAUUGUAUUAUAACGACUACAGUAAAUGAGUAGUAAAUUGCUGGGGAAGCCGUAGAGUUUUUAAAAAGGUGAAGCUAUUUUUCUACUGGGAUGAAAUUAUGCAGCAAAGUCAAAACGGGACGACGCAGAUUUUUUUCUAAAGUUUGUAAAGUUCCGUCAGACUCGAAAAUACAUCAAACGUUAGAGGGAAAGCCUAAAAUCAUAAUACAUAAAAUGCCACAAUUUUAUUGGCCCCGUCAGCCAGCAAAGUAAGUUGAUAUGCAGAUCAACGAGACUGGAUAGUACAACAUCUAACAACACGUUCAACCCUUAAAAAAGAAUGAAAUCAUCAGUCGUGUUCUAUCUGUUGGUUGGAAGAUACAUUAUGUGAUAACACAUGGCUUGAAAAGAACCUCAAACACAGACCAACUGUUCCGUCCCAUAACAGCAGGUUUGUGACAAUCAACAUGAAAUUGAAGACUCUAAUUCUCUAGAGGCCCUCCUCCUCUUCUUCUUCUUCCUCCUCCUCCUCCUCUUCUUCCUCCUCUCCUCGUCGUCGUCGUCGUCCUCCUCCUCUUCUUCUUCCUCCUCCUCCUCCUGCUCCU